GACAUUGUGACAUCACUGGGUCUUGUACCCAGGUGGUAUGAAUCUUCUCUCCUGCCUUGGUCCUUCCACGGGGGACAUUGUGUCAUAUCGCUGGGCCCCACACAUACGUUAUAUGACUCUCCUGCCUGUGCCCUGUGCAUGUGGGUCAUUGUGACAUAUUGCUGGGUCCAACAUCCAGGUGAUGUAACUCUACUGCCUAGGCCCUGCCUACAGAGGACAUUGUGUCAUAUACCUGCACCCAUCACACAGGUUCUGCUCGCAGGGGACAUUGUGACAUGUCAGUGAGCCUAAUACUAAGAUGUUGCCCAAAAAGAGAUUGUGACAUAACUUUGGGCCCAGCACCGAGGUGAUGUCUCCCCUCUCCUGCCCGGGGCUUGCCCACUGAAGAGUGACUUAUUGAUGAGUUCAGCACACAGGGAAGAUUGUGACAUAUCCCUGGCCCAGCACCCAGAUGAUGUAACUGUCCUGUGGACGCCCUACCCACAGGUAUGAUUUUGACAUACACCUCUGCCUUGCACCUGAGUAAUGUGACUCUUCAGCACCAGCCCAGCCUACAGAUAGGAUUGUGCCAUACUGCUGGACCCAGCACCUAGGUUGGAUUGUGACAUACACUUCAGCGCAGCUCAUAGUUAUGAUGAUGACACUCAUGCCACAAACCAGCCAAUAGGAGAGAUACUGCCACUUGUAGCUAGACUUACAGAAAUGAAUAACUCCUGAGUCUUCUGUAGUAAGAAUGUCAUAAAGGAUGGUCAUUCUUUCGUAUAUUGUGUAAUGUCUUUGCAUGGUACAAAGAGCAUCAUCACAGAACCAGGCACACAGGUCCCUGCUCACAGAAAGGAUUGUUACCUAUCACUGGGCCUGACACCUAGCUGAUGUGCCUCUUCUCUUCUACCUAGGUUCUGCUCACAAUGUAGAUUGUGACAUACUGCUGGGCCAAACACCAAGAGAGCCUUAUCUGUACUCACCAGUUUCACAUUCCUUGAGGUUCAAUGAGUUCCUGCUUCACCUCCCUAGUGCAGCUGCAGAGUUACAAAGUUGAUGCACAUGACAUUUGGUGCCGAAGACCCAGGAUAGGAGGACUCCUUUGGGAGACCGGUCCCCUGUCCUCACUCUCACUCCAUAAGGAGAUCCACCUACGACCUCUGGUCCUCAGACCAACCAGCCCAAGGAACAUCUCACCAAUUUCAAAUCAGGACCCCACUGGAAAUUGGACUGUCCAAUUGGCCCAAGGCUCUGACUGACUCCUUCCCAUAUCUUCUCGGCUUAGCGGCUGAAGACUGAUGCUGCCUGAUUGCCUCGGAAGCCUCCUGGACCAUCACAGACACUUUGGGUAACUCUUACAGUGGAGGCUCUACCUGCAAGGAGCACUGGGAAAUAUCUUUGGACCCCGUGAUUAGGUGAUGUGACUCCACUUCUUGGACUCUUUCCUCAGGAGGUAUUGUGACAUAUUCCUGGACCAAGUACCCAGAGAGAAGAUUGUGACAUAUCGCUGGGCCCAGUUACCAGGUGAUGUGUCUUUUCUGGCAAGUCUUUUCCCACAGGGAGCAUUGUGAAAUAUCCCUGGGCUCAGCCACCAGAUUAUGUGACUCUUCUGCCUGUGCCCUGCUUCCAGGAAAUAUUGUGACAUCCCUCAUACAGCAUCCAGGUGAUGUGACUCUUCUGCUCAUUUUCUACUUACAGGGAUCGUUGACAUUUCGGGAUGUGGCCAUACAGUUCUCUCUGGAGGAGUGGCAAUGCCUGGACACUGUACAGCAGAAUUUAUAUAGGAAUGUGAUGUUAGAGAACUACAGAAACCUGGUCUUCCUGGGUAUUGCUGCCCCUAAUCCAGACCUGAUCAUUUUUCUGGAGCAAGGAAAAGAGCCCUGGAAUAUGAAGAGACAUGAGAUGGUGGAAGAACUGCCAGUUACACGUUCUCAUUUUGCUCAACACCUUUGGCCAGAGCAGGGCAAAGAAGAUUCUUUCCAAAAAGUGGUAUUGAGAAGAUAUGAAAAAUGUGGACAUGAGAAUUUACAGUUAAAAAUUGGUUGUACCAAUGUGGAUGACUGUAAGGUGCACAAAAAAGGUUAUAAUAAGCUUAACCAGAGUUUGACAACUACACAAAGCAAAGUAUUUCAGUGUGGCAAAUAUGCAAACAUCUUUCGUAAAUGUUCAAAUUCAAAAAGACAUAAGAUAAGGCGUACUGGAAAGAAACUUUUGAAAUGUAAAGAAUAUGUCAGAUCAUUUUACAUGCUUUCACACCUAUCUCAACAUAAAAGAAUUUAUACUAGAGAGAAUUCCUACAUAUGUGAAGAACAUGGCAAAGCCUUAAACUGGUCCUCAGCCCUUACUUAUUAUAAGAGAAUUCAUACUGGAGAGAAACCCUACAAAUGUGAAGAAUGUGGCAAAGCCUUUAGUAAGUUCUCAAUCCUUACUAAGCAUAAGGUAAUUCAUACUGGAGAGAAACAUUACAAAUGUGAAGAAUGUGGCAAAGCCUUCACCAGGUCCUCAAGCCUUAUUGAACAUAAGAGAAGUCAUGCUGGAGAGAAACCCUACAAAUGUGAAGAAUGUGGCAAAGCCUUUAGUAAGGCCUCAACCCUUACUGCACAUAAGACAAUUCAUGCUGGAGAGAAACCCUACAAAUGUGAAGAAUGUGGCAAAGCUUUCAACCGGUCCUCAAACCUUACGGAACAUAAGAGAAUUCAUACUGGAGAGAAGCCCUACAAAUGUGAAGAAUGUGGCAAAGCCUUUGGUAACUUCUCAACCCUUACUAAACAUAAGGUAAUUCAUACUGGAGAGAAACCCUACAAAUGUGAAGAAUGUGGCAAAGCCUUCAGCUGGCCCUCAAGCCUUACUGAACACAAGAGAAUUCAUGCUGGAGACAAACCUUACAAAUGUGAAGAAUGUGGCAAAACCUUUAAGUGGUCCUCAACACUUACUAAACAUAAGAUAAUUCAUACUGGAGAGAAACCCUACAAAUGUGAAGAAUGUGGCAAAGCCUUUACUGUGUUCUCAAGCCUUACUAAACAUAAAGUAAUUCAUACUGGAGAGAAGCACUACAAAUGUGAAGAAUGUGGCAAAGUCUUCAGCUGGUCCUCAAGCCUUGCUACACAUAAGGCAAUUCAUGCUGGAGAGAAACUCUACAAAUGUGAAGAAUGUGGCAAAGCCUUUAAGUGGUCCUCAAACCUUAUGGAACAUAAGAGAAUUCAUACUGGAGAGAAACCCUACAAAUGUGAAGAAUGUGGCAAAGCCUUCAGUAAGGUUGCAAACCUUACUAAACAUAAGGUAAUUCAUACUGGAGAGAAACACUACAAAUGUGAAGAAUGUGGCAAAGCCUUCAUUUGGUCCUCAAGACUUAGUGAACAUAAGAGAAUUCAUACUGGGGAGAAACCCUACAAAUGUGAAGAAUGUGGCAAAGCCUUUAGCUGGGUCUCAGUCUUUAACAAACAUAAGAAAAUUCAUGCUGGAAAGAAAUUCUACAAAUGUGAAGAAUGUGGUAAAGACUUCAACCAAUCCUCACACCUUACUACUCAUAAGAGAAUUCAUACUGGAGGAAAAACCCUACAAAUGUGAAAAAUGUGGCAAAGCUUUCAAUUAGUUCUCAACCAUUACUGAACAUAAGGGUAUUUAUACAGGAGGGAAACCCUACAAAUGUGAAGAAUGUGGCAAAUUUUUUAACUGUUCCUCAGUCCUUACUAAACAUAAGGUAAUUCAUACUGGAGGGAAUUCCUACAGUUGUGUGGAAUGUGGCAAAGCCUUUAACCAGUCCUUAAGGCUUACUAUGUACAAGACAAGUCAUACUGGAGAGAAACCAUACACGUGUGAAGAAUGUGGGAAAGCCUCUAAUAGAUCCUCAAUUCUUAACAGACAUAAGCUAAUUCAUACUAGAGAGAAACUACAAACCUGAAAGAUGUGACAAUGCUUUUGGCAACACCUGAAACUUUUCUGAAUAUAAAAGAAAUCAUACUGGUGAGAAAUCCUAGAAAUGUGAAGAAUGUGACAAAGCCUUUAAAUGGUUGUCACAUUUGAUUGUAGGUAAGAUAACUCAUACUGGAGAAAACUGCUAGAAUAAACAGUGUGGCAAAACAUUUAACCAAUGCUCAUGCCUUAUUGCAAAGGAAAGCAUUUACACUAGCCUGGGCAACAGAGGGAGACUCUGUCUGGGGGAAAAAAAUGUGAACGUCAUUAAUAUCUUCUCACAUCUUAUUCAGCAUCAGAGUUCAUACUAAAUAAAAGCAUUAAAAGUGCAAUUGCUGUCAAUAGAUCUUUCAGAAAAUAUAAGCCCUUAAAGUACAGAAGAGUAUUUAUUUUGAGGAAACACAUUAUAAAGAGGGUUGUAGUACCUUUACGUGUAUCACAGGUUUUAUUGUACACAUUUUGUACUACAGGAAAACCCUGAGGUAGUUGUUCCAACUUUGCUCAACAUCAGGGAAUUUAUAUUGAAGAAUAACCCUGCAAAUUUAAUGAAUUUGGACAAACAUUUUUUCAAAAACUACAGAUUAUAAAACAUGAAAGUUUAUACUAAAAUAUAUUUUUGCAGAUGAAGUAAAUAUUUAAAAAAUUUAAUCCAAAAUUAAGUAAAUAUCAGAGAAUUCACAGUAGAAAUAUCUGUGUCUCAAACUUCAGACAUUACAGUUAAUCAGAUUGCUGAGUAUAGGAAAAAAUCCAAAACUAAAGUUGGUAAAAAGAAAAAUUAUUUGUAUAUAACUUUGAAAGAAGUAGAUCUUUGAAGAGUUAUAAUUUCAUUUAAAGUACACUUUUGUCUUGAAAAUACAGAUUUUUUUUGCCAGACACAAUGGCUUACAUCUGUAGGGCCAAUACUUUGGGAUGCCGAGGUGGGUAGAUCACCUGAGUUCAAGACCAGCCUGGCCAACUUGGUGAAAACCCAUGUCUACUAAAAAGAAAUAAAAAAAUUAGCGAAGCAUGGUGGUGCACAUCUGUAGUCCCAGCUACUUGGGAGGCUGAGGCGUGAGAAUCACUUGAACCUGGGAGCCAGAGGUUGCAGUAAGCUUAGAUGUUGCUACUGCAUUGCAGCCUGGGUGACAGAGCAAGACUCUGUCUCAAAAGAAAAAAAAAAAAACAGCUUAUUUGGAAACUGAAUAAUGAUAGAAUUCAACUCUUAAAUUAUUUCAUGCUAUUUCUUCAUUUCUGUUGUAUUCACAUGUAAAAAAAAUGUGAUCAAUUCUGCAUCACAGAUUUGGGAGACUUUAUUAGGUGGUCAUUAUUUAUUACCUUAUGGUUGACUAAGGACAUUAAAAUGUAAGAUGCAUGAUGAAAAUCUAAGACUGUUUGUGGUUAACUUACAGAAUUGAGUGAUGUAGGGCAUUCCGAGUAAUAUUCCUUUUUUUUUUUUUUUUUUUUUUUUUUUUUUUGAGAGGGAAUCUCACUCUGUUGCCCAGGCUGGAGUGCAGUGGCAUAAUCUCGGCUCACUAUAAGCUUCUCCUCCCAGGUUCAAGCUAUGCUCCUGUCUCCACCUCCCAAGUAGCUGAGAUUACAGGUGCCCCUGACCACAUCCAGCUAAUAUUUCUAUUUUAGUAAAACAAGGUUUCACCAUGUUGGCCAGGCUGUUCUUGAACUCUUGACCUCAAGUGAUCUGCUUGCCUUGGCUUCCCAAAGUGCUGUGAUUAUAGGUGUGAGCCACUGCGCCCAGCCCUAAGUAAUAUUCUAAUGCAUUAUUAUGAGAGAAAAUCAUUCUUAUAGUUAAAAUUAAAUCAAAAUUAGUAUGUCAUUUUACUAAUUGUACUUUUAUGUGAUAAAACUUUUUUUUAAAGUUUUAGAUUGUGUUAAUUUUUCAAUUCAACAUUUAUAAUGUUAAAUACUGUUAUACAUUCAAUAAAGUGUUGUUAUGCCACUAAUUUUAACCUAUUCCACGUUACUCAAGGGUAUAUUUAAAAGAUGGUUACCGUACACUAUUUGGUAACAUAAUAGACCAACAUCUCUAGUAUUCUUUUUCAGUGGCUUUAAACUACAAAUAAGUUGAAGAAUAUGGUUCCUAUAGGUUAAAUUUUUUUUACAUUUAAAUUUAUUUUUCUUAGUUUUUGUGUUUACAUGUGUAUAUAUUUAUGCCAUAUAUGGCAUAUUUUAGUACAGUCAUACAAUAUAUAAUCAUCACAUUGUGAUAAAUAAGGUACCUAUAACCUCUGGCUUUUAUGUUUUGUAUUACAAACAAUUCAAUUCUACAGUCUUAGUUAUUCUAAGUUGUACAGUUAAAUUGUUAUUGGCUACAUGGUUAUUUUUAUGGUCAUCAUAAAAAUUAUAUACAAGCGUAAAUAAAAUCAACAUAUUUCUGAGUCCUGAAUAAUUUUCAAAAAUUUAUUAUUAUGUAUUUUUUGAACAUGUGGCCUCUGCCUGAGAGCACAUAAUAGAGUUUUAGUUUUACACAUCUGUUAGUCUAAAGAUAUAACAGGUUUAAGGAGUAAGGUGUUUGAAUAUAAGUUUGUAACUGUUUUCAGAAGAAAAGAGCAAUAUUGAAACAAAGCAUUUUAAGAAGAUGUCUAAUUUACUAGAAAACAAAAAUCCUCAAAAAUGCUAAAAGCAAAUGUAUAUACUCUGCUUUGUAUUCAAUUUAUUACACUAUCUUACAGCUUAUCAUUUAGAAUCUUUCCAUGCAAAUUUUCUGUUUUUACUUGCAUGACACUCAUGCUAGACCCAUAAUUUUUUUUUUUUUUUUUUUUUUUUGAGACCAAGUUUCGUUCUUGUUGCCCAGGCUCAAGUGCAGUAGUGUGGUCUCGGCUCACUGCAACCUCCACCUCGUGGGCUCAAGCAAUUCUCCUGCCUCAGCCUCCUGAGUAGCUGGGAUUACAGGCAUGUGCCACCACGCCCAGCUAAUUUUUGCAUUUUUAGUAGAGAUGGGGUUUCACUAUGUUGGCCAGGUUGGUCUCGAACUCCUGACCUCAGGUGAUCCAGCCAUCUCAGCCUCCCAAAGUGCUGGGAUUACAGGCAUGAGCUACCACGCCCAGCCUAGACCCACAAUCUUUUUGUUUCUUAUGUUUUUGUUUUAUAGUUUAUGAAAUAUUUAUCUGAGCUGAUUUGUAGUUAUAAGAAUAUUUUUUAUAAAAUUUCAUCAUGCACACAAAAUAAUUUCUAGAUGUAAUUCCACAAUUUGUGUAUUCUUACAUUUUAUUUAGUUAAAACAUUCCAUUAGCUUCUAUGGGAGAACCCCAUAUAAGCUUACUUUUCUUAAGUUAUUGUUCCCUUAACUUUUUAUAAGUGACAUAUGUAAAUUUUAUUUAUUGAGUCAAUUUGUUUCAGUAAGUACUACGGAAGCUUCAUAAGUCAUGUGGAUGCUUUUAUAUAUAAAUGUAGCAAACAAAACAUGACAGUGCUCAGUGUGUAACAGAUGCUCCAUAUUUCGUCAUAAAUAUUCCUGCUAAAGUUAGUUUAUAACUUCAAGUCAGAGAUGGAAGAUAUCAGUUGCAAAGAAAUAACAUUGAAGAGGACAUUUUUUCCAGGCUGCAAAGUUGAAUCUUGCUGAAUUUAAAGAGAAAUGCUUCAUUCAUGUCCUAAUUAUCUAAGUUUUGUUUUUUUAUUUGCAUUCAAACCAUAUAUGCAUCACAGCCCAUCUUUUUCUGUGUUAUGGCUAUAGUUUUCUCACUAUUGUUUUCAUGCCAUGUGAUUCACAAGAUAUGUUGUAGGUUUUAAGGAGAACAUUGAUAUUUUUAAAUGCGCUGAAAAAUUGGUUUUAACUGGAAGAUUUGCAUAUGAAUACAACUUUAAGAUUGGCUAAUUAACAUAAAAGACAUACACUGCCUGCCGAAGAGAGGAUUAAAUCAGCAUGGUAUUUCUUUGUAAAAGAAAAAUGUUAGGCUUUUCUACAAAGUGUGGCAAAUAUGUAAUUUGCUAGAACAAACAUAAAAAUUAAAUUUUUAAGAGAAUAGUAAGUGAGCAGUUUAAAAUUUAUUUAGGAUGUACUUACAGCACAACUUACAUUUCCAUGCAAAAUCCUCUAUUUUAAAGUGUAAAUGUUAAAGGUUGCAAAGCAAUAAAAUGACCUCUGUAAAUGUGGAAUAAUAUUUAUUUUCCAUAUUGAUAUUACAAUUUGGAGACAUUUAUCACUCAUUUUUUAAAUGUUUUAGUGGUUGAAGUUUAGUCUACAGUUUAUAUUCUUAGUCACCUAACUAGCGAUCUCCUAAAUUUUCUCUGAAAACUUGGAGAUAAUGGCAGCUUUUGGAUUAAAACAUUCCCUGUUAGUUUGCAUGCAAACCAGUUUACUGUGAUCACACAGUGGCCAGUCAUGGGAGCAUAAGCAAGCCUUCCGUUUUCGUGUCUUUCAUAUUAUCACCAUAAGCACCAGUAACUCCAGGUUCCCCAAGCUUAAAAUAAAAGCCCUAAAGUCAUUGGCUUCUCCCAUACACUGUGCUGGGUUCAGAACAUGCUGUUAAACAUCAAAGUUCCUAUGGUUAUGACUGACAUGAGAAAACAGCAAAGAGACAGACAGUAUGUGAAACAUUGUUAUCCUUCUAUAGUGUCUUAAAAAUAUAUUUUUAACUUGACAAAUAAAAUGUGUAUUUCUUUUGUUAAACAACAUUUUGAAGUAUAUGUACAUUGUCAAAUGCUUAGUUCUAGGUAAUUAAUGCUUUAUCUUAUAUUGUUAACAUUUUUGUGGUUAGACAACAUGAAAUUGUAAGCAUUUUUCAAAAAUACAAAUACAUUAUGAACUAUAGUCACCAUGCUGUACAAUAAAUCUCUUGAAAUUAUUUCUUUUAUCCAAGUAUAAUUAUGUAUUCCUUGACAGACAUCUUUCAAUGCCAUUUCUUCUAAAUGCCUUGGCAUUUGGUAGUCACCAGUUUACUCUCUACAUCGAUGAGAUUAACUUUUUUAGAAUCCAUGUGUAAGUGAAAUCAUGAGACAUUAAUCUUUCUGUGCCUUGCUUAUUUCAACUAAUAUAAUGUCCGCUAGGGUAAUCCAUGUGAUUGAAAAUAAUAGAAUUUUUGUUGUUUAAAGAUGAAUAUUAUUCCAUUGUGUAUAUCUACCACAUUGUCUUUAUUUACUCAUUAGAUGUUGAACUGUUGGUUUUAUAUAUUUUACAUGUGAAGAGUGCUGCAAACAACCUAGAAGUGUGAAUGUUUCUUCAUUCUAAUUUCCUUUGUUUUGGAUAUACAAUGGUGCAAUUGUCAUAUGGUAGUUUUAUUUUUAAGUUUUUUAAGAAAACUCUGUUUUUCAUAAUGGCUGUCCUCACUUACAUUCAGUGUGCCAGCAUUUUCUUUUCUUCAGAAUUCUGCCAACACUUUUUCUUCUUAAUUAGAGUCAUUCUAACAGAAGUAAGUUGAUAUCUCAUACUUCUUUUUUUGCUUGCCUUUCCCUGAUAAUAAUUGACAUUGAGCAUUUUUUAAAAUAUACCUGUAUAUCUUUUUCUGAAAAAUAUUUAAGGCUUUUUCUCAUUUUUAAUAUUUGUUUUUAUUGUAUAGUCAUUUGAGUUUGUUAUAUAGUUUUGAUAUUAAUCCCUUGUCACAUUUAUGAUUUGCAAAUAUUUUCUUCCAUUUUUUAGUUGCCUCAUCCUGUUGAUUGUAUUAUAUUCCAUGCAGCAGUUUUUAAAUUUAAAAUAAUCUGAUUCGUCUAUUUUUUCAAUUUGCUUCUUGGGAUUUGAGGUCAAAUUUUAAAAGUGACUGCCCAACCAAUGUUACAGGGCUUUCAGUCUGUGUUUUUUAUAGUAGUUUCAGAGUUUUAGACCUUCCAUUUAAGUAUCUAAUUUAUUUUAUGUUUUUAUUUUAUUUAAGUAUCUAAUUUAUUUAUAUAUGGUGUGAGUUGAGGGUCUUAUUAUAUUCCUCUACAUGUGGAUAUAAAGUUUUCUCAACACCAUUUAUUGAAUAUACUGCCUUUUCCCUAAGAAAUUGCCACCUUUAUUUAAAAAUCAGAUGGCUGUAAAUAAAUCAAUAUAAACAUCAAUAUAUUUCUGAUCUCCUUUUUCUUCUCUACUCACCUGUGUGUCUGUUUUUAUUCAAGUACUAUACUUUUUUUUUUUUUUAACUAUAGCUUUUUAGUAUAUUUCAGUUCAGUCUGGUAGAGUGAUACCUUCACUUUUUCUAUUGCUUGGUUGCUUUGGCUAUUCAGGGCCUUUUCUGGUAUCCUGUAAAUUUUAGAUGUAUUUUUAAAAAUUUGUUAAUUAUGUCUCUGGUAUUUUGAUAGAGGUUGCAUUGUAGCUGUACAUAAUUUUGUACAAUACAGAUGUUUAACAAUAUUAAUGCCAACUUACGAAAGUAAUAUUUUUCCAAUUGUGUAUUAAUUUCUUUAAUUUCAUUUAAAGAUAGUUGUCAAUGUAUAGAAAUUCUACUGACACUUGGGUGUUGCUUUUGUAUUCUGCAAAUUUAAUAAAUUUAUUAGUCCUACUAAUUUUUAGUAAUGUCUUAGGCUUUUGUUUACUUAAAAUUAUGUAUAGAAAUGAAAAAUUACACAGAAAUAAUUUAACAUUUUUUCUAAUCUCAGUGCUUUGAUUUUAUUUUCUAAUUUUUCUGUCUUGGAUAGUUCGUACUACGUUUCAUAAGACUGAAAAAAGGCAUUUUUGUCUUCUUGAUCUUAGAGUAAAGGCUUACAAGAUUUCCCUGUUUAGUAUGUUAUUAGCUGUGCUUUUUCUGUGUAUGUGUUAUAUGUGACAUUUAUUGGCUUGAGGUUCAUUUGUCCUAUACCUACUUUUCAGAAAUUUAUGAAGAAAUGUUGAAUUUUGUUAAACUCUUAUUCUGCAUUUAUUUAAAUGUUAGAGAUGAUAAAUCACAUCUAAUUCUACAUAGAUUUAAAAAUAUCCUCAGAGACUUCCAUGAACAUGCAUGCAAAAUAGAAAAUUUAGAGAAAAUAAACUCCCAGAUACACAAAACUUCCCAAUAUUGACAGAAAAUAACAGAAGUCUUUAACAAAGCAAAAAUGUAAAAUGUAUAAUGACCUCGAACAAGUAAUAAUAAAACUACUAACCAUAAAAAGCCCUGGAUCGUAUGAAAUCACAGCCAAGUUUUACUACAUAUACAAAGAUAAGCUGGUCCUAAUCCUACUGAAUGUAUUCCAAAAAAUCAAGGUAGCAUUUCAACCUAACUAUAUGAAAUCAGUGAAAUAUAUGAAACUAAAAUCUAGUGAAGACAUAACAAAAAAAAGGAAACAACAGGUCAAUAUUCUGGGUGACCAUUGGAAAAAUAAUCCAUGAAAUUCUAGCAAACUGAAUUCAAAAGCAAAUCAAAGUUAUUUUGCUACAAUCAUGUGAGCUUUAUUCCAUAAAAACAAAGGUGUUUCAUCAUAGGCAAGUCAAUUAAUGUGAUUCACCAUGUAAAGAUAAUAGGUGCAGAAAAAGCAUUCAAGAAAAUCCAAUAUUGACAAAAAUAUUCUCAACACAAUAGACAUUGAUGAAACAUACCUCAAAAUAAUGUCAUCUGUGACAAAUCCUUAGCCAACAUGAUACUAAAACAAACAAAAACUGGAUGCGUUCUCCAUAAGAAUAAAAAUAAGAAUAUCCAUUCUAAACAAUCCUACUGAACAUAGUUAUGGACUUGUAGCCAGAGAAAUAAAAGGAAUCUGAAUAGAAAAUGAAGUCAAAUUAUCUUUACUGACGACAAACUUCUCUACCUAGAAUACUUUAAAGAUUUCACCAAAAGACUCCUAAGCCUAAAGACUUCAAAAAAAUCUCAGAAUACAAAAUCAACACAAAUGCAUAGAAUUUCUGUACACCAAUAAUAAACUGAGAACAAAAUGAAAAGCAGCUCUAUUUACAAUAGCCACAACAACAAAAAAAACCUAGAAAUACAUUAAAUCAAGGGGGUAAAAUAUAUCUACAAAGAACCACAAAACAUUGCUGAAAGAAAUGAGAGAGAAUGCAAAUAAAUGGAAAAAUACUGGAUGCUCAUGGAUUCAAAUAAUAUAGUUAAAAUGGUCAUUCUGCCUAAAGCAACCUACGGAUUAAGUGCUAUUUUUAUCAGACUAUCCAUGAUGCUUUUUUAUAGAAUUAGAAAAAAUAUUCUAAAAUAUAUACAAAAGAAUUAAAGAGCUCAAAUAGCCAAGACUACUUCAGACUAAAGGAAUAAAUCUGGGCUGAGUGUGGUGGCUCAUGCCUGUCAUCUUUGGGAGGCUAAGGCAGAUGGAUCACCUGAGGUCAGAAGUUUGACACCAGCCUGGCCAACAUGGUGAAACCAGUGUCUACUAAAUACAAAAAAUUAGCCAGGUGUGGUGGUGCGUGACUGUAAUCUCAGCUACUUGGGAGGCUGAGGCAAGAGAACCACUUGAACCUGGGAGGUGGAGGUUGCAGUGAGCCAAGAUUGCAGCAGAGUAACCAGUAUGACAUGGUUCUGGUACAAAAAUAUACAUAUAGACCAAUGAAAUGGGAGAGAGUCCUGAGCUCAGCUACACUUUACAACCAGGUUAUUUUUACAAAGCCAACAGAAAUAAAAGGGGAAUUAAUUCCCUAUUCAGUAAAUAAUACUGGGAAAACUGGUUAGUUGUAUGUGGAAGAAAACUGAACUACCUUUUUCUAUAUAAAAAAAAAACAUAGAUUAAAGACUUGAUCUGUGAGUCUUCAAGCUACAAAAAUCUUGGGAGAACACUUAGAAAAUAUUGGCCUCUGGAAAGAAUUUAUGACUAACAUCUAAAAUGAGUGCAACAAAAAUAAAAAUUAAAAAUGGCAUCUAAUUAAGCCAAAGAGCUUCUGCACAGUAAAAGAAACUACCAACAAAGUAAAUAGAUGACCUACAGUAUGAAAUAAAAUAUUUGCAAACUGCAGACAAUGAAGGAUUAAUAUAUGGAAUCUAUAAAACUUUUAAUAAAAAAGCAAACAUGAUAUAAAUAGCCAGCUUCUUCUCAAAGGAAGACAGAGCUACCAGUAAACAAAAAUUGCUCAACAUUCCUAAUUAUCAGAAAGAUGUAAAUCAGGGUGACAGUGCAAUACCAUUUCACACCAGUAAGAAUGACUGUUAUUAAAAGUAAGAUAAAUAAGAUGUUGAAGUUGUGGAGAAAAGGAAAUAUUUCUACACUGUUGAUGGGAAUGCAAAUUGAUUCAGCCCUGUGAAAAGCAGUUUGGAGACUUCUCAAAGAACUAAAAAUACAAUUGCCAUUUGACCAAUUAACCAUUACUGGGGAUCUGCCCCGAAAAAAUAAUUUUGCCAAAGAGACACCACCACUCACAUGUUAAUUGCAACACUAUUCACAAUAGUAAAAAAACAGAAUUAAACCAGUUACCCAUGAAUCUUUUAUUGGUUAAGAAAAAAUGAUGUACUUAUACAACCUCCAAUACUAUACAGCAACAGAAGAGAAUGAAGUAAUAUCUUUUGCAGCAACAUGAAUGCAGCAGAAGGCCAUUAUUCUAAGCAAAUUAAUGAAUCGGAAAAACAAAUGCCACAUGUUCUCACUCAUACAUGGACGCUAAAAAUUGGGUGCACAUGGAAACAAAGAUGAAAACAAGAAACGCUGGGAAUUCUAAAGAGAAGGAGGAAGGAAGGGAGACAAGCACUGAAAAUCUGCUUAGGUAUGAUGUAUACUACUUGGGCAAUGGAAUAAUUAAGUGUCCAAACCUCAACAUCAAGUAGUAUACCUGUUUUACAAAUCUGCACAUGUACCCCUUAAAUAUAAAAAUAAUAAAAUGCUUUUUGGUAUAA